AUGAGCUCUUCGAUCGAUUCUCCUCAACGUGUGCGACCUCCUCCGGGCCGCAUGCGUAUUCGAGAUCUUCUACCUAAUCUGAGACUCGGCCGCCAUUCUCCAGGCCCAUUGAACUCAUUGACCGAUGUUCCCGGCGUGCUAGUACAUACCCAGUCCAUUGUUCUGCCAAAAACCGCCCAUCACCACGAGGUCAACACCGGGGUUACAUGCAUUCUGCCGAGAAAAGGCUUUGUCGAUCAAGGCUGCUAUGCGAGCAUAUUUCGCUUCAAUGGAUGCGGAGAGAUGACUGGCAGUCACUGGAUAGAUGAAACGGGCCUUUUGAAUUCUCCAAUUGUUCUCACAAACAGCUACUCAGUUGGCGCCGCUUACUCCGGCAUCUACCAAUACUGCAGGUCUAAGCUCGCUGUCAAACAAGGGCCCGAAAAGGGUCUUUGCAAUGGAUUCAUCCUCCCUGUCGUGUCGGAAACAUUCGACGGCUACCUGUCUGAUAUCGGCGCGAUGGCAGUGACACCCGAGCAUGUUGUAAAAGGCAUCGAAUCUGCUUCUGCGAUGCAAGUCCCAGAGGGAAAUACGGGAGGUGGCACAGGUACAAUCUGCCAAGGGUUCAAGGGCGGAACCGGGUCGUCAAGUCGAGUAAUCGACGGAUUGAUAUCAGAAGGUGGCGAGGGAGAAAAGCCUGUCAAAUAUACAAUUGCCGCCCUAGUGCAGACCAACUUUGGCACGAGUCGUGACCUGAGAGUUGGGGGAGUUCCAGUUGGACAGCUGAUGAAGGAGGAAGUCAUAGCAGAUGCCACCUCCCGACGCGAAGACGAAGGAGUCAAGGAUGGCAGCAUUAUCGUGAUACUCGCCACAGACGCACCGCUUCAUCCUCUUCAGCUACAGCGGAUUGCCAAACGUGCUUCCGUUGGAUUCAGCCGUGUCGGCGGCUGGGGAAGCAACAGCUCCGGGGAUAUUUUCCUUGCAUUUUCGACCUCGCAUCACGUCCCGAGAGAUCCUGCGUUUAGCUGGAAGCCAACGGUUGGGCAAAGUGUUCAAGUCGUCCAGGAUGUUACAAGCAAUGCGCUUUUUGAAGCUGCUGCAGAUGUAACAGAGGAGGCCGUUUAUAACGCGCUUUGCUGUGCACAAGACAUGAGAGGUCCGGCAGGCAGAUUUGUCAAGGCUUUAGAUCUUCAGAAAUUGAAGAAAAUCGUCGAUGAGCAUUCAUAG